AACGGAGUCGCCCUUUCUUGGAACGAGAGACAGUCGGUGACACUCGUGCAUCAAUUAUAAUAUUUUGCAGGUGAGUUUGGAGAUCGAUGUGGUGGGAGAAACAUGCAUCAGACAGCAUCGUACACCCAAAUCAACAUUAAUUAAACUCAUCUGUGAUUCUCUUUGUCCCCUCUCUAACUCCAUCAUAUAUAAAUAGGACUAAUUGCCAAAGCCCUUGUCCUAAACAAACACACCACUAAAAAACAAAGAUGAUUUCUUCUAAAAUCCUAAGCCACACUCGUUCUUCAAGCUUGCCUUCAAGAUUAUCACACCCCCUUACACCCCUAUUCAACCACCAUUUACAUAAGCUCAAAAAUGGAAAUUCCACUUCCACCCCUUCUUCCUUAUCAUCCAUCACCGAAAAACUAUAUAUUCUCGAACAUCUCUAUAAUUGUAUCGACGAUUUGCUGCUUUUGCCGCAUACUCACAAAGUUUUCGCUGAAGAAUGCAGCGAAAAAUGGGUCGAAGAAAUAUUGGACGGAUAUCUCUGCCUCGUAGAUGCUUGCUCCACAGCCAAAGAUUCCGUCUUUCAAGCAAAAGAGUAUGUAUUAGAUCUUCUCUCGUUUCUCAGGCGAAGACGAGAUAUGAGUUCAGAAAAUCUUUCCGGGUUCUUGAUUUCGAGAAAGUCGGCGAAGAAGAUGAUUAACAAGUCGUUGAAAAAUAUCAGCGGUUUGAAAAACAAGCCCUCUGUUUUGGCUUUGGAAAAAGAUCAAGAAACCAUUGCUAUUAUAAGCAUGCUCAAGGAGGCUGAGAUGGUUACUCUGGACGUGUUCGAGGCUUUGCUGUUGAGUAUUUGUGGGCAUUCUUCAAUGACACGUGGCAGCAGGUGGUCCCUUGUUUCCAGGCUGAUCAAAUUUUCGGACAAGGAGGCACGGCAGGGCGUUGAAUUUGCAGAGAUGGAUGCUAAUUUGUACAAGGUUGUUACUGCUGGUUUUAUGACAUCAUCAAAAUGUGACAAUGGCGGGAAGAUCGAUGAGCUACAGCAGCAGCUGAGAGAUAUUGAUGCUAGCGUACGAGUCGUUGAAGAAACGCUCGAACGCUUGUUCAAACGUUUGAUCAGAACAAGAGUUUCACUGCUCAACAUGCACAGUCAGCACUAGAGUAGUUUGUAAUAAUAGGAACAAAAGUAAUGUACAUAAUAUCUUGUACACUUUUAUUCAGAUAUGCUGUAAAAUAUUCAUGUAUAUAUAUAUAUCAGUUCAUACACCCUUGUUUUACUGUUUAUUGCCUAAAGAUCCUUAAUUUUAUCAACAAGUUACAUAAACUCAAAUUAAGACAUAAUGAAACAGCUUAAACUCAUCUACAAGA